AUGAGCGAGGACCAGAAGCAGCAGACCUUUGAUGCGUUGCCCGAGGAGAAGAAGCAGGGCAAGAGCUACUCGGAGUGGAUUGCAGAAGGCUAUCAGCAUCAGAAAGAGAACUGGAUGCCGUGGAUUGAGGACUUGUAUUUGCGAUGGUUUACCAAGGAUAAUAAGGCGAGUUAUGCUACGAAAGAUACAUUGAACAAGACCAAAGUGACCGGUGUAGAGCCCGUGGACAAUUUACAAGAUGGCGUCAACAACACUGUCGCCGGCCAAAUCGGACAGGGAGGACUUCUGCAGCCCGUGGGCGACGCUGUGAGCAAAGAAGGCGUCAAUCGAGCGGAACGAGGCGGCAAAGACGACAGUGGGAGUUAUGGCGGUCCUGCGGCGGGCGUGACGGACUCUGCUGUGAAUAAUGUCAAAGCAGUGGGUGGAGGAGCUGCGGAGAGCGCGAAAAGUGCUGGGGGGUAUGUUGGGGGAUUGUUUGGUGGGGGUAAGAAGGGGGAAUGA